CGCGCAGUGGAGAGGACGACAGCAUGGAGCGUAUGGAGUCCAUGGAGCCGAUCUCGGCGUGCUACACCACGGCUUACCCAGAGAUCCAGCCCGACAGCGGCUUCGGAUCCAGAGAGACCACCGACAGCCAGGCGAAGACCCCACCAGCUCCGACAUAUGACGAGGAAUUAAUGCACAAGACGAUCCUGGUCGGGGACAGUGGCGUGGGGAAGACGUCUCUGUUGGUGCAGUUCGACCAGGGAAAGUUCAUCCCCGGAUCCUUCUCUGCCACAGUGGGCAUCGGAUUCACGAAUAAAGUGGUGACUGUGGACGACGUAAAGGUCAAACUACAGAUUUGGGAUACCGCGGGACAGGAGAGGUUCAGGAGCGUGACACACGCAUAUUACAGAGACGCACACGCCCUGCUCCUCCUGUACGACAUCACCAGCCGAUCAUCCUUUGACAACAUUAGGGCCUGGUUAACAGAGAUCCACGAGUAUGCGCAGAGCGACGUAGUCAUCAUGUUGCUGGGCAACAAGGCCGACAUGAGCGGUGAGAGAGCGAUCAGGAGAGACGAAGGAGAGAGGCUGGCCAGAGAAUAUUCAGUUCCCUUCAUGGAGACCAGUGCCAAGACUGGAGUGAACGUAGAGCUGGCCUUCACCGCCGUGGCCAAGGAGCUGAAGCACCGAGCCGUCCAGCACCCGAGUCAGCCCAAGUUCCAGAUCCACGAAUACAUCGAAGCACAGAAGGAGAAGUCAGGCUGCUGCAGCUACUUCUAGACCUGAUCUA